UUUCCGAACAUAAUGAGCCACCCGAUCCUUGUACAGUUCCAGAUUAUCUGACAGCUCAACAGCUGACUUUGAGUUUGAAAGCGAUGGCAGGUGAAGGUGCAGUGCUCUCCAUGGGGCCCCAUACAUUGCCAGUCCCGACGGCGCUUUUUGCGCUGAACCGGCAAAGAUUGGCUGAUGCUCUGAAGAAAACCGCCCCCGAUUCCGUAGUUUUGCUCCAAGGAGGCGAGGAAGUUUCCUUUUACGACACCGAUACCACCUAUAAUGUCUUCAGACAAGAGUCUUAUUUUAUGUGGGCCUUUGGAGUGACCGAGGCUGGCUGCUUUGGAGCAGUGGAUGUGAAGACUGGAGAAUCCUAUCUGUUCAUCCCGAGGCUGCCCGAAGAGUAUGCAGUCUGGAUGGGGCCCCUUCCGAAAACCAACGACUACGCGAAGAAGUACGACAUAAAGAAGGUGUUUUAUGUGGAUGAACUGGAGGUAGAGUUGGGGCGGCUCCAGCGGGCGAAGAUUCUAACGCUGAAAGGUGUGAAUAGCGAUAGCGGCUUAACAGCCAAACCGGCCACGUUUGAGGGAAUUGAGAAGUUUUCGGUUGAUGAUGAAGCACUGUUCCCAGUGAUAGCCAGUCUGAGGGUCUGCAAGACUGAGCUGGAAAUCCGCGUUAUUAAAUACGUGGUGGCUGUUUCCAGCUAUGCCCACAGACAGGUAAUGAAACAAAUCCGUCCGGGCAACUACGAGUACCAAGGAGAAUCCCAGUUUUUGAACGCCUGCUACGAGAAAGGUGGAUGUCGGCACGUAUCCUACACCUGCAUUUGCGGCUCCGGGCCGAAUGGGGCCAUUCUCCAUUACGGGCAUGCGGGCGCCCCAAAUGACUCCCCCAUCAAAAAUGGGGACAUGUGUUUGUUCGACAUGGGCGCCAACUACUUUGGAUAUGCUGCCGAUAUCACAUGCUCUUUUCCAGCUAACGGCAAAUUUACCGCGGACCAAAAGCUGAUCUACGAAGCAGUUCUAAGGGCAACACUCGCCGUCCACUCAGCAGCAAAACCCGGAGUUUCUUGGGUGGACAUGCACGUCUUAGCCAACCGAGUCGUGUUGGAGGAUUUAAAAAAGGGCGGCCUUCUAAAGGGGAGCGUCGAUGAGAUGCUGGAAGCAGGCCUGAGCGCCGUUUUCCAGCCGCACGGUUUGGGGCAUUUGCUGGGCCUGGAUGUUCACGAUGUGGGCGGCUACUUGCCAGGCCAGCCGCAGAGGCCGCAGCAAGUCGGCGUAAAUAAACUGCGAACCGCUCGUGUGCUGGAAAAAGGGAUGGUUCUCACUGUGGAACCUGGCUGUUAUUUCAUCGACCCGCUUUUGGACAAGGCGCUUGCCGAUCCCGCGCUGAAGAAGUUCCUGGUGCCUGAAGCGAUUGAAAGAUUCCGCAACUUCGGGGGAGUUCGCAUAGAAGACGACGUCCUGAUUACCGAGCACGGGGUGGAGGAUCUGACGAAAGUGCCCCGAACAGUGCAAGACAUUGAGGGCUGGAUGGACGGGCGGCUGGACGAGUCGCAAUUCCGCGACCCGGAGCGACUGUUUGUCUUCUGAUUGUCCGGAUUGUUAUGCAAGCCUUAUUCUACUAGAUUUAUCCUCCUCAAAGCUUUAGGUAUCAUACUAUGUGAUAAUAUGCGCUAAUUAUAUUUUGAAGUAAA